CAUCUAUAAACAGAACUUGCAAAGAGGUUUGUAUGGGACUAAAAACCAUACAGAAAAUGGCAAGCACUACUUUUGGAUUUCAAAAUGUGACCAGAUUCACUACGGACAAUUCUACAGUGCAGACAGAGAUCUUCUCAGGCUUUAAGAUCUUGAUACUAUGCAUUUACAUUGCCAUCCCUAUUGUAAGUCUCAUUGGAAAUGGGCUUGUCAUAUUUGUGACGGGAUACAAAAUGAAGACGACAGUCAACUCCAUUUGGUUCCUCAACUUGGCCAUUGCAGACUUCACCUCCUCCUUAGCUGUAAUCAUAAGCGCCAUUAUAGACAUGAGCAAAAUCUGGCAUUUUGGUAACUUGAAGUGCACUUUUCUCUGUUUUGUGAUUUACAUAAACUCAUUUACUAGCAUUUUGCUGCUGACGACUAUUAGUCUGGACCGAUGCCUGUGCACAUGGAUGGUUGUGUGGUCUCGUAAUAAUCGAACCGUUUUCAAAGCCAGAAUCAUCUGCAUGAUUGUGUGGGUUUUAUCCAUCAGCUGCUGCAUUCCUGCCAUCCGCAAUCACUCAACAGCAGGCAACAACACACAACAACAGAGAGAAGGAAUCUAUAACCAUCCUAAACAAUACUACAAGUUUCUGGUCACAUAUAGGUUCAUAGUGGGCUUUGUCAUCCCCUUCCUGAUCAUUGCAUCUUCAUAUGUAGCUAUCGGUGUGCGAGUCAAACGCCUCAAUAUGGAGAAUCAGCUCAGGUCUUACCGCGUCAUUAUAGCUGUGGUCCUGGCCUUUUUCAUAUGCUGGCUUCCGUUUCAUGUCCACAAAUUUUAUUACAUCUAUGCAAAAGAGAAUCAGGGGAGUGAGUCUACAAAAGAGAUUUCUGAAGCUGUAGUUACCUGCCUGGGUUUUCUAAACAGCUCUCUGAACCCCAUUCUCUAUGUGUUCAUGUGUGAGGAGUUUAAGAUGAAGCUGAAACAGUCUCUGUUGCUGGUGCUGGAGACCGCGUUUGCUGAAGAUCAUCUGGACUUCAGAGUCUGAAAGCAAACAAAAGAUAUGACCAUCUCUAUUCCUGCCAGCUGCCAGCAUGGAUGGCCACCCUUUUAUGACAUGCCCACAUGAGGUUCAACAGUAUAAGUUGCCAUACACUGCAUUAUACACAUGAAAAUGUUGAAUCACCAACUCAAUUUGCUCUAUAGCAGUGUAUUGGGGGAAAAAGUGUUUAUUAAAUGGACUAAUCUGGCUAAAUCUUGUUGGCUAUUUUAACACUUAUAGGGGUCUUUUUGGACUCCAAACGACAUUUGCUAAAAUAAUAAAAAAAAAAUGUUAUCUUUCCCCAAAUGACAUGGAACUUUGUACAAUGGUUAACACUUUCUAGAUCUACAAAAAAAAUAAAAAUA